GUAAGUUUGGAGCAAUAAUAUCUUGAGUUAUAGCAAUUCUCCGGGGCACUUGCAAUUUUGGCCCAUCAGCCAACCUGUGGAUCUCAUUUUAUUCCUGCAGUUACAUAUCAUUUCUUCAUGCGCUGUACUUCUGCCUCUUGGUCGACCGAUCUCACGCAAGCUUCUCAUCCACGCAUCGGCGCUGAAUCUACUACCACGCAGCUAACACGUUUGUCCGAUAUAUUCGCACGCAAAGAGACCCAGUCCACGGCUAUUCGUGUGCCUUGCGACCACCGAAACGACCUCCAGAACGCUUCCGCGCACAAUCCCAUGCUGACAUAUGACUUGUCGCGAGAGACCUGCUCAAAGAAGACACUGCGAUGGCCCACGCGCACGCGCAUCCUAUUUCUCACGAUCUCUUCACGCAAGAAAUGCCUUCUUCGCCGACCCUCACAAACCCUGACAUGAUCCUCCCAUAUCGGCCUCGUCAGACGUCGAGCCCGAGUCCACUGGCUUCUUCUCCGCUACUGCGAAUGCAGUCCAUCCCCGAGCGACCUGAUUCUGGAGUCUCGUUGAACUCGUCUCAGCCAGAUCUAGACCAGUCCGUCGAGUUCGGCGUAGCAACGGCCGUCAGAGUGCCCUCGCAGAUAGUGUCCCCCGUGGAUCUGUCUUUUGCCGGCUAUGAGCACGGAGGACCUCUGAGCGAUAUCGGCGAGGAAGAAACUCCUCGAUCAAAGAGGAGCCGGAGAAUUGGCAGUCCUGUGAGACCAGAUCCAUCUUCCCCAACGCCUGCGGCGCGCGAUCAGCGCCCAGCGAUAAGGUCCAGCAACCGCUCUUCGGUUAGCGACGAGUCCGAAAUCGGAAACUGGGAAGAUUUCGACACAUCGAGGAUGAUGAAUGGGAGGCUGGCCGCGGACGUAGCCAAAGUCUCAGACGACAAGCUUGAAGACUUUGAAAGCAAAAGGAACAGCGCGGUCGCCACAAGCACCGAGGACGAGAUGGCCUUACUCAACGAACGAGCUGAAAAGAUACUCGAACAAGCAAGGUUGAGGCUGACGAACAUGGAAGACAAUUUGAGCAAAGCAAGGCACAGCGUUCUUUUGUUUGCGAGGUCGUCACCCAAUUCCUCGGAUCUUCAUCAGCCAGCCGGAGGACUCUAUCGUUCCAUUUCUUUGGCAGGAGCGACUCGCAAACCACGAUCCGUGCAUCACGUUGUGAGGGCAAAUUCGACGCACAGCCGUACUGGGAGUGACACGACUCCAGCCUCUGGUCUCAAGCGCUUGUCAAGUCUUGCGGAGGCACGAUCAGCGAGCGCACAGGAAUAUGGUCAGAAGCAGGAAUCUCCUCAGCAAUACCAGUCUUCUCCCCUGAUGCACUUAGCUGGCCCUUCCCCAGCCAGUAAUCGCAGCUACAAUUCGCCGCUUCGUGCAUUGAAGGAGGAACAAGGCACCCCAAGCACCAGUAAUACUUCUCCAGAAUCUCUCGGCCCUCGAGGUCUGGGUAUCAACAAUUUAUCGACUUUGUCUCGGGAAGAUGUGUCUCAGAUGGCGAGCAGUCCCAGUACCACUGUAGCCCGAUCACCUUCCCAAGUCUCGACUCGUUCGACUAAAGAAAUCCGCGAACAGAUGUCCGAUUUGCGACACCGUAUCGCAGAUCUGAAAGACAAAGCCCAAGCCGACAGCUUGCGAAGGCGGAGUGCGCAGAGCUUGAGAACUGCCAGUCCUUUCAUGAGUGCCCCUACACCAGAACAGUGGUACACCAGUGCUCCGGAAUACAAAGAGGGGGGUAGUCCACUCAACACAAAUGCUGGCAUGGGUUGGAGUCCUUCUCAGCAGACAAAGGGCGUCGAAACGCAAUUCAUCCCAGUCACCCCCGAAGCACAACGGUUCCUCAAUGUUGAACAGCCUGCGACAAGUGAGUCUCGACUGUUGAGUGAGGUUAAAACGGACAGAAACACGCCGAGUCUUCACAAGUCCAAAAACAUGCAACCAAUCCCAUUUGAAAAUCCUCGUUCGGUUAUCCAGGAGUCGAACUACGAAGACGCAGCCGAAGAGUUUGAUGAGGACGAGCCCGUUGCAAAAUCCCAAGAAGAACAGAUUUAUCUAAAUGAAGUGCUAGAGGAAAGUUUACAGGAGAUCGAAUCAGAUAUUGGUCCCGACCCGGCUCUGUCUGCAGAGCAGAGUGCUGGACGACACGAGGAUAGGCUGGACGCUUUUGAUUACGAAAACAUGUUUCUUCAUAGUGCGCUUGGAAAUUAUGCUGGCAAGGGAACUGGAAGCCCAACACCAAGCGAAAGCGACAGCGGUAGUGUGGUAACCACACGUAUGGACCAAAACACGCCAACUGCUGAAGACGAAGAUGAUGAGGAAACACAACCAACACCGAUCAGAAAAACUGGCGAAAGAUCAUCGACCCCAACACCAGUGCAAAAUACUUUUCCUAAGUCGACUCUCAUCUCGGAUUCGAUGGUGGACCUUGAAGAACCUCCUAAACCCUGGACGAAGACUGUCCGGAGCAACAGCAUGGAUUCUAUGUCCACCGUGGCCACUUUUGAGACAGCCGCUGAAGGAGCUGGCGAGGAGGAUCUAGAUGAGGACGAUUUGCCAAAUGAAAUCCUGCAAUGGGGAAACGGAAUCAACUUCCCUCAACCACCCACCAGCCCGCGACACGAAAUGGCACCGCCAAUGUGGCCAACAGCAGUAACAAGCGGAAGUUUUCCACAAAUGCAUAUGAGACAGCCGCGAGAGAUGCAAUCUCAAGGAUCUGUGGUUACAAAUGGCAUACCAACGCCGCCUACCCAAUCACCCAGCAUGACUUUCACAGGAUCUCCAUCAUUGGUUCAUGUCAGAAAUCAUACUCGAUCGAAUAAGAACGCCAUCGACCACCCUGCCAACACCGAAAUUUUGAUGGAAAGCUUGAUCAAGCUCGCAGAUCCGGACUUCUCGAUAACCGAGGGGCAGGGGUCUGAGACAUUUUCGCAUAUCGACAAGGAUCUGGUGCUCGACCUUUUGCGAGCCGUGGGAGGUGUAUGUGAUCAGAUUCUCAAAGCGGACAGCCAACACGAAAUACGUGCUGUGAAGGUGCUGCGAAGAAGGUUGGAUGAAUCGAAAAGGGUCUUGGAGGGUCAUAAUGAUGAAUGAUGAAGGCAGGAGAAGGAUGAUGUUUCGCGAUUUGUACAAGUGGUGGACGAGCGACCAAUUGUACCAAUUCACAAGAGUUGUAAGGACGCUCAGAAGUGAUGACUGUCUUUCUAGCAACCUUUCAAGUACCUUGAGGAGAUGAUGCGUUUGGCGCAUGAACAGGCAAGAUCUGCCUCCCAACAUAUAUACCCCUGCAUAUUUAUGGACAUCUGAACACAC